UACAAGGGUAGGGUAUUAAGCCGUAUCGCUUGAGCCUUUCCCAUAAACACAAACACAAGCACUGAAUUGAGUUCACUGUCGACAAGUUUCGCCCCAACACUCAACUCGGCUCGUCGCUAUUGUUGUUGUUCUUCUUCUCCAUAUCAAACAAAGUAUAGAUAAAAUAUCAUUGCAGCUUCAUUUUCAUCCUCCAAUUAAUUAGCAAUGGGGCACACAUCCCUUUUCACUCCCUCUUCCUCUCUUAGGUUCAACUCUCUUCUUGUUUCCUCCACCCCCUCUUCUUCUUCACGCUCCAACAGCGUUUCUUUCCCCGCCCUCUCCAGGAACAUAAGGAAAUCGGUAGAAGAUAGAAAGAUUAAUAAAAAUUCUGCUGUGAAAGCAGUGUAUGGUGAUGAAUUUUGGACACCUGCGAGGAGUUCACCUCAGGAUAUUUGGUCCAUAAGGAGUGAUUUGCAAGUCCCAUCUUCCCCUUAUUUCCCUACCUAUGCACAAGGACAAGGGCCACCCCCCAUGGUUGCGGAGCGUUUCCAGAGUGUUAUAAGUCAGCUUUUCCAAUACAGGAUAAUCCGUUGUGGUGGAGCAGUUGAUGACGAUAUGGCAAACAUCAUAGUUGCUCAGCUCCUGUACCUCGACGCUGUUGAUCCUAACAAGGAUAUUGUCAUGUAUGUAAAUUCUCCAGGAGGGUCGGUUACAGCUGGAAUGGCUAUAUUUGAUACAAUGAGGCAUAUCCGACCUGAUGUGUCUACUGUUUGUGUUGGAUUAGCAGCUAGUAUGGGAGCUUUUCUGCUGAGCGCAGGGACAAAAGGAAAGAGAUACAGCUUGCCAAAUUCAAGGAUAAUGAUUCAUCAACCGCUUGGUGGUGCUCAAGGAGGGCAAACUGACAUAGAUAUUCAGGCUAAUGAAAUGCUGCAUCAUAAGGCAAAUCUGAAUGGAUAUCUCGCCUAUCACACUGGCCAAAGUUUAGACAAGAUCAACCAGGAUACAGACCGUGACUUUUUCAUGAGUGCAAAAGAAGCCAAGGAAUAUGGACUCAUAGAUGGUGUCAUUAUGAAUCCUCUCAAAGCUCUCCAGCCAUUAGAGGCUGCAGCAGAAGGUAAAGACCGGGCUAGUGUUUGAACAUGAGAAUGUUGCACUUUAAUUUCCAAGGUAUAAAAAAUCAUAGUGUUAGACUGUAAGAUGUUUUUGGUUGCUGAGUCCAACUUAAUUUUUUUUUACGGAUGUUGAUACCUGUGCCCAUGUACCAAAAAUGAGGCGAAAUUGAUACUAUUUAUUUAAUAUUCACUGCUUCAGAGUUAAUACUGACAGAAGGUUCUUUAAUGGAACCUGAAUGUGAUUUUAACUUCAAGCAUUCUUUUGUGAUGAACU